UGUCAGGAGGAACAUUAUGGAGGUCCCCAUGGCGAUUUGCGUGUUGAAGGGUCCUGGUGGUGUCACUGGAAUAAUUAAUAUGAAAGCGGGGGAAGGUGGCCAUACAACCAUUGUGACAGGGGAAAUUUCUGGAUUGACUCCUGGAAAGCAUGGACUACAUGUGCACUCAUUUGGAGAUAUUUCCAAAGGGUCUGCCUGUACAGGGCCUCAUUUCAACCCCUGUAAUGAACAGCAUGGUGCACCACAAGAUAAGAGGAGGCAUGUGGGUGACCUAGGAAACAUUGAAGCUGAUGGAAAUGGCAUAGCCCGCUUUGAACUGGAAGACCGGCUGCUUCGCCUGGCAGGAAAGCAUUCAAUUAUUGGACGUACUAUGGUGGUUCACGAGAAUGAAGAUGACCUGGGCAAAGGUGGUAAUUCAGAGAGUCUUGAAACAGGAAACCAAGGAGCAGGUUUAGCUUGGGGUAUAAUCGGAAUAGAUGAAGACCCCAAAUAAAUAUGUAGCAGAAGUUCUAAUUUGAGACACUAUGGCUGUUAUCAUUUUUCUUAACUGCAGUCCUUAUUACUGCACAGCAUUUGAUUCAAAAUUACAUACAGAUGCUGUAAAUACAAAUUGUGUAUAGUAAUAUGCAUAUAACUGUGCACUGCUGGAAACUUCAUCCAGGCCUAUUUUAAAGGCAGUGUUUUUCAAAGGAAAAUUGGGAUAAAUUUUAGUUCUUUCCUUUAAGUAUGAAUAUUGACUUCAAAUGAAUUAAUUGUACGUCACUAGGCCCAGCGAACAGAAUUCACAUGACAGUGCUAGACUAGGGUAACCUAGUUUAAUAACAGUAUUAUAGGUAAUUAAUUUUGGUACAGCAUCGGAAUAACUGACCUUUAAGUCAGUAACAUUUAUUUCAUUGCUUGUUCAAAUUAAUCAAUUACUUCUACUU